AUGGAUCAUCUGCAGCCUUUCACGUUACCAGGCGCUCGACCUUCCAUUUCAGUACUUGGUCGCACUUACAGAAAGGGCACUGCAAAAUACUGUUCAUCUACUAAUAGCCUUGAUUCAGAACCUAGUUCAAGAGCCGCCGCGCCGCUUGACCGACCGUCGUUCACAUUCAUCGACCAUGACGAUGAUUUGACCUCUAAACGCAUCAGAGAUGUUAAUGCCCGCAAGGCGAUCCGCUCCCAUGUUAUGCGCGAUGUACGCCGACGGGAGAGACUAGCAGGAACAAAACGAACAUCGAGGCGAGAGAACCGCGAACAGACAACUACAAAAUCCCGACGCAAGGUAGUGGAGGACUCCAAGGACCAACAACUAGUUGUGAGGGCUGCAUCUCAGACCUCUGCUUCCUCAGUAUUGGAUACAGACCUAGAGAGCAGUUGUUCUGAUGCGAGCCCUCGACGAGCACGUCCGCCACGAUGGCUGGCUGGCUAUCCUCUACCUUGUCAUUUGAGCCUAAACCCGCGGACUUUACCUGCAUCAUGGUUCUAUGAUCCUUUCUGUUCAUUGCCAGGCACGGGCGAGCUCCCUUCUAUGGUUGCACAUUUGGUUUAUUAUUGGAAAUCGGUCUUUGUUCCCAUGACGUUUCCGAGUGGUCUUAAAGACUCGGAAAUUCCUGAGCUAGAGUUGAUGGUUCGAUCUUCUUUCUCCGAUCCAGGGAGUUUCUUUGGUCUCAUGAGCAUGUGCGCUGCGCACCGAGCCGCUUUGACCAUGAAUCACAUCGGUCCCUUUAGCACGACAGGUGACAGUGAUCGGAUUGUCAACGAUGCUGACUACUGUAUCAUGAAAGCCAAAUCUAUACAGGAGAUGAACGCCAAAGUACGAGACCCCAGAUUAGCUCUCAGUAACGAGGCAUUCGAUACGAUUGUCAAUCUCCUCACUGGAUCAUUAAUCGCAGGUUUGUUUGACGAAGCUCGGAUUCACCUAACCGGCUUAAGGCGCAUGGUGGAGCUUCGGGGUGGAAUCACGGAUAAGAGCAUAAGCUCGUCUUCGAUGCUGUCGGCAAUUCUUACGAGCGAUGUGAAGGCCGGUACAGGACUAUUAGCUCAACCAGUAUUCCCACUAACUUGGGAUACACAACCCGUGCCCAUUGAAAUACAGCACCGAAUUCGACCACCCCCUUUAUCGCCAAUACGACGACUUGGUUCUGGGUUCUGGGCGAAUACGCUCCUCAGUCCGCCAUUACUACGCAUCUUGAACGUAGUGCGGGACAUGAUUUUCUACAGUAUUACCGUCCAGGUUGCACCGCAGGCCAUUCACUUUAGCGAUCAUGAUUUUUUCCGAGUGCUCAAUUGCGAAACCGAGCAUCAACUGCUCAGUUACAUUUACGCUGAAGACUCCAGGUCCGCGAGAAUCCAUCCGAUUGAGGCAGUCACCCGUGUGACUUCAAUCUGCUUUCUCAAUCACUUUCUCAUCGUCUCUCCUCCUUCUUCCGGCCUCGGUCGAGCUCUCACCAGACAUCUCAUGGAAGUAGUGAACAGCUUCAGGCUUACCCUUCUCCUCGAGCUACCCAGAGAAAAUUUUGGUUUGUUUGCUUGGGCUUUAUUUAUUGGAGCACAAGGAUCACUUGGCCAGCCCGAGCGACCCUGGUUUAUAGAGCGGCUGGCCCGUGUUGCAAUGUUGUGUGAGUGGCAAACGUGGGAGCAGGUCUCCCAGAUCUUAACCGAUUAUUUCUUCAUUGCGGCCGCUCAAGGAUCAAGAUGGCGGACCAUUUGGGACGAAGCGAUGGCAGGUUUUGUGAUAGCGAAUGAGUAA